UGUAGUAACUGGUCAUUUUUAAAUGUAGUCAUUAUUAAAGUCAGUCGGUAGUACUGUACUCAACAGCUGAUGUUCAAAAAACUUGGUACUUAUUAUUAUCAGUAGUAUUAUAUAUAUUUUUAACUAUAUUUUUAAAAUAUGUAUGGAAGAAAGGGCUUUAAGCUUAUUUCAGAACUAGACUUGUAUUCUGAUAUAUUACCAUUCAACGAGGUACUUGUUAAAGAAGUUUUACAGGAGAUGCAAUGUCUCUAUGAUGCAAAUGUAGCAGAUAGCAAUGCCAUUAGGAAUGAUGAUAAUAUGGCAUUAUUGCCAUCAGUACAGUUGAGACAUACAGCAUUAAAAAGAAAUAAAAGAUGUGUCUUAGCAUACAUAUAUAACAGAAUGAGAAAACUAAGAGAAUUACGAUGGGAAUUAGGGAGCAUUCUACCACCAGAAAUAAAUUCCAAUCUAUUAAAUGCUGAAAUUCAAUGGUUUCAGUCAUAUAAUAAGUCUUUAGCUAAAUACAUGAGAUCUUUAGGAGAAGACCAUGGGUUUAAUCUAACAACAAACAUGGUACCUCCAAAAACUCCUUAUGUAGAGGUCAAAUGUGUAGAGGAUUUUGGAAGAUUGGAAUUAGAUGAUGGCCAAGUUAUUUUGCUAAAAAAAAAUACAUAUCAUUUGCUACCAAGAUCUGUAUGUGAACCACUGAUACGACAAGGAAUUCUUGAACAUAAGAGUACAUGAUAUUAUUAUUUUUAUAUUCUGUUAAAAUAAAAAUUAUAUUCAUAAAAAAAAAUACUUUGUUUAUCAGACCCAAAUUUUAUUGAAAUAUAUAUAUUUAUGAAGUAUUUAAAACACGUAAAUCUUAAUUCUAUAUAGAAGAAAGUGCAUGAUUUAUUUUUAUUCAGAAUUGCAUUUAAAAUAUUUAUGAGCCCGUAUAUUCAUGUUUACUUUCAUUAGGAAUUUCCCGUGUAAACUUAAAUUCCGUAUAACAGCGCGCAGUUGAUUCAAACAGUUGGAAGCUUGUCUGCAUGCGCUGCAUUGCGCCUUGUGCUCAAAAGACGAUGCAAAGAAUUCAUUUGAAAUCGAUCAAGUCGACUAACGUGAUCUUCAUUUGUUGCACUUGCGACUUGACAUCUUCAAACGGGCAAUAAAUACAGUAAAUACAAUAUGAAAGCUCAAAGAAGGAUGAAAUGUUAUAACUAAUUUUACAAAAGCCGGCGUAAAAAUAUGGAGCAAAGACCAGCUGUUGGUUAUUUCGAGUUCGUAAUGUGUAAUGGUCUAGGCAUUCUAAGAAGUCUGUAGACUUAUUCCUUUUUGGGGGAGUUCGGUCUGCGAAGUGCACAGGUUCCGGGAUAUAUUUGGCUCUUGGAAAAGAGAGGAUUCUACUAAUCGUCUACUAAUUUUUUGGCUGUAAGUAGUAAUUCAUUUAUAUUAUGUUAUAUUUACAUUAGAAAUAUAAUAAUCUGAAUCUUCUAUCUUUACAAAGUA